AUGUUUGCGAUUCCUCCUCCCCCGCGGUAUCCCACAAACAGCGGCUUGAUAGCCGCGACGCUCGAGACGCAGAAUACCCUAACCCAUCGAGAAGGUCCCGAGUACACGUUCCAAGCAGGCGAGGGCACCUAUGUCCUCCGAGACGACCUACAACUUGCGACGCCUCCUCCGCAUCCCUCGGAAGCACCAGUACUCAAUCCCAACCCAUUAGCGACAGGAGUGGUACCUCCAACCAGUGGGGUCAAGUUAUCGCUCGUCUCGUUGAACCCGAAACAGGUCGACCAUGACUUGUACAAGCCACCGACUGCCACCAGCAGUCUCUUACGAUGGAAAUCUCUUGGACUCAACAACAACCGGGAGAGCAAAGAAGCAAAGGAGAGCAGAGAAGCGCGAGAACGGGAACGAGAACGAGAACAGCAUCAAGAGAAAGAAUCCAGAUUUUCUAUGGAGACGACCAGCGACACCAGUAAUCCGGCGGCAUCGGCAAAUGGCAGCAAUAAGUCGAGUACGGUUCGGGCAUUUGGGGAGGGAAAUGCUGCACUUUCGCCCGUCAUCAGCCGUGGAGACGGCCUGAAGAGACGCAAGCCCAAAAACAACAUCAUCAAGAGCAAUUCUUCGUUUGUGUCCCGGGUGAUCCCUCAUGAAGCAUUGCCGAAAAAGCUGGCGGAGCGGGAUCAAGGCGGGACCUUUGCCUUUGCCAACAUCAACCGGGCCUUUCAGUGGCUCGAUCUGUCCUCGAGCUCGAAACAGGAUCCAUUGACCAAGAUCCUCUUCACAAAGGCCCAUAUGCUGUGCCACGAUGUCAACCCUCUCACGAAACACUCGACGCAUAUGGACGUGGUCAUGGGCUCAUCCGCCAGUGAUAUAAUCUGGUAUGAGCCCAUGUCUCAGAAAUACGCGCGCAUCAACAAGAAUGGCAUCAUCAACAACUCGGCCGUUGCGAAGAUCAAGUGGAUCCCGGGCUCGGAGAAUCAUUUUCUUGCUGCCCACAUGGACGGGAAACUGGUGGUGUAUGACAAGGAGAAAGAAGACGCCCCGUUUGUGUCGGAAGAAAUGGUCGAUGAAGGCAUCGGGAUCGAAGACGACGACGAAGACUCGGCUUUGGUCAUCAGUAAAAGUGUCAACUCGUCCAACCAGCGAGCCAACCCGGUGGCUCUUUGGAAGAUUUCAAACCAGGCCAUUACCGACUUUGCCUUCUCGCCAGACAGCAAGCACCUGGCUGUGGUAGGAGAUGACGGUUGCCUCCGGAUUAUUGAUUACUUGCAGGAAAGGAUGACUGAUUUAUAUUCAUCCUACUACGGCGCUUUCACCUGUGUUUGUUGGUCGCCAGAUGGUAAGUACGUGCUCACCGGCGGCCAGGACGAUCUCGUCACCAUCUGGUCGCUAGAGGAACGACAGAUCAUUGCUCGAUGUCCAGGCCAUGAUUCCUGGGUCACAGCAGUGGCUUUCGAUCCCUGGCGUUGUGACGGUCAAAGCUACCGUUUCGGUAGUGUCGGGGAAGAUUGCAAGUUGUUACUGUGGGACUUUAGCGUCGGCAUGCUUCAUCGUCCGAAAGGGCUUACUGCCAGGACGAGAGGCAGUAUCUCGACACAGUCGGUUUCUCUUCUACGUCAACGGACAGAGAGCAAUAGUGUGAUCAAUAGGAUCCGCUCGGAUUCCAAUCGAACAGGCAGCUUCGUCCAGCAAGAUAUUGUCGAUGAGUCUGAAUUUAUCAAUCAUCCGGUAGAGCCUCGGGCUCGGACGGCCCAGCUUCCGCCGGUCAUGUCCAAAAAGAUUGAUGAACACCCACUGAGCGGGCUGGCAUUUGAGCAGGACUGUAUCAUUACCUCUUGUCUCGAAGGGCACGUGCGUACCUGGGAUCGUCCGAGAGAAGGCGCAAACAGUAGCCAAAUCGACCUGGCGGGAAAUCAGAGGCCUUGA